GUGGCCUCAGACCUGUCUGCCUAUAAUUCUCUGUCUUCACCAGCUAGAACAGUCACUGCACUGCCGACACUUCCAUCCACUUCUAUUGUAAAAGAAUGGAUCCCCAAAGCUUGAGGGAAGAUCUCCGUCUGUUUCAGAGCACUUUGCUCCAGGAUGGACUGAAAGAGCUUCUGAAUGAGAACAAGUUGAUCGACUGCAUCUUAAAGGUUGGAGACAGGAGCAUCCCCUGCCACCAGCUCAUUCUGGCAGCAUGUAGUCCAUAUUUCCGGGAGCUUUAUUUCUCCGAGGAUGGGGAGGAAGUGGGCAAAAGGGACGUUGUUCUGGAGAAUCUGGACCCUGAUAUAAUGGAGGCGAUUGUGAAUUACAUGUACUCGGCAGAGAUUGACAUCAACGACAACAAUGUGCAGGACAUUUUGACUGUUGCCAACCGCUUCCAGAUCCCCUCUGUGUUCACAGUUUGUGUGAAUUAUCUCCAGAAGAGGCUGACCAAGAAAAAUUGCCUUGCCGUCUAUAGACUGGGACUGAUGCUGAACUGCCACAGACUGGCAGUAGCAGCUCGAGACUACAUUGCAGAUCGGUUUGAGACCGUGUCCAAGGAUGAGGAUUUCUUAGGGCUUGCUCCACAUGAACUCUUUGCUAUUAUUGGAGCAGACGCAUUGAAUGUAGAAAAAGAAGAGUUGGUGUUUGAAACGCUCAUGAGAUGGAUCCGGAAAGACAAAGAGAAGCGCGCAAAAUCUUUAGAAGAGGCCUUCGAGUGUAUUCGUUUUCGCCUCCUCCCAGAGAAGUACUUCAAGGAAAAGGUUGAGAAGGAUGACCUCAUCAAGGCAAAUCCUGAGAUUCUCAAAAUAAUCAAAGUCAUCAAGGAAGCUUUUGCAGGGAAGCUGCCUGAGAAGAAAAAGGGACAAGAGGGUGAGGAAGGAGAGGAGGGAAAGCUGCCUGGCUACUUGAAUGAUAACCGCAGAUAUGGCAUGUACGUCAAAGACAUGGUGCUGAUGAUCAAUGACACGGCUGCUGUGGCGUACGACGACGCGGAGAAUGAAUGUUUUCUUGCUGCAAUGGCCGAGCAGAUCCCUCGAAACCAUGUCAGUCUGGUGUCCAAGAAGAACAAUCUCUAUGUGUUAGGAGGACUGUUUGUAGACGAAGAGGAUAAUGAAACCCCACUGCAGUGUUACUUCUACCAGCUGGACAGUCUUGCUGCUGAAUGGAUUGCUCUGCCUCCUAUGCCUUCGCCCAGGUGUCUGUUCGCUAUGGGAGAAUUUGACAAUCUCAUCUUUGCAGUAGCAGGGAAAGAUUUACAGUCCAAUGAGUCUCAUGACACUGUUAUGUGCUAUGACACUGAAAAAAUGAAGUGGACUGAAACAAAAAAGUUGCCCAUGAAGAUCCAUGGCCACUGUGUGGUCUCACAGAAUGGGGUGGUCUACUGUAUUGGAGGAAAAUCGGAUGACAAUAAAGCCACCAAUAAGAUGUUUGCAUACAACCACAAGAGGUCAGAGUGGAAGGAGGUGGCUUCCAUGAAGACACCCAGAGCGAUGUUCGGGGCAGUUAUCCACAAGGGGAAGAUUAUUGUGGCUGGAGGAGUCAAUGAAGAAGGCCUCAUAGCUUCCUGUGAAGCCUAUGACUUUGGAACCAACAAGUGGUCACCCUUCACAGACUUUCCCCAGGAGAGGAGUUCAGUCAACCUGGUCAGUUGUGGAGGGGAGUUGUUCACUAUAGGAGGCUUCGCUAUGGUGGAGAACGAGGACAAAGAGUGUGCACCCAGUGAAAUCAUUGACAUUUGGCAGUAUGAAGAUGACAAGAAACAGUGGACAGGGAUGAUUAAAGAGAUGCGUUAUGCAGCUGGAGCCUCCUGUGUGUCUAUGCGUCUGAAUGCAGCCAAAAUGCCCAAACUGUAACAACAGUGCAGGGUCAUACUAGGGACUUUCAUGUAACACUUCAGAGCCUUUGUGUUUUAAUAAAAUAUAUUUUACUUUUAAUUGGCUUGUUUCUUAUAAGUCAUAAGGGUCUAAAAUUAAACAAUCACUUUUGUUGGAUCAGAAAUCAUCAUUCAUGGUCUGUAACAUAUCUCUUGUUGAGGAACCCCCACCAUCCCAACUCCUUAAAUGUGUGCAUUGUUAUUGUGACAGAAGUUUUGCAUAGAAUUUAAUGCAAACAUCAAUCUGGAAAUGUUUCUCUUCAAAAUGUCUGCUGAUGUUCAUUUGAAUUUGCAUCCAAUGCAAAAGAGGACAGAUGUGUUGGGCCUCUGCUAAGGCAAACCUUGUUGGCUUAUUUGACACCAGCAUGUUUUUGUUUUGUUUUUCUGCAAGCAAGAUCCAUGAUAGUUUAUGGUCCAAGAUUUCUAAACUUCAGUUGUAAUCUAAAGAAAAUACAUAAUUAUCUACAACAAAAUAUGAUUUAAUUCUGUUGAGCAACACUGACAAUGUUGCACUAAUGCUAGAUAUUUAUAUGUAACAGAAAAUAAAGCAUCACAUUUUAUUUAAAAAAAAACUUAUUUAAUAA